AUGUAAACUCAGAGAGAAAAGUUGGUACAAAGAUAAAACCCAUUGUUGAAAAUCAAAUUCAAAUUUCCCAAUCUCUCAAAAUUCAAUUCUCAUCAUGUUUAUUGUCAAGACGUUGAGAGCUACGGCAUUUGGGCUUUAUGGGUAUAUGAAUUUCACUAAAUCUGCUUUUUCGGAACAUGCAAAGAAUUUCAAGUCAGAAGAUAUGCAAGUUCAAAUGGAUGGAAAGAAUUGCAUUGUCACAGGUGCAAAUUCCGGCAUAGGUUUCGCAACUGCUGAGGGUCUCGCUGCACGUGGGGCAACCGUCUACAUGGUAUGCCGUAAUAAAGAAAGGGGAGAGGCUGCUCUUACCAAAAUUCACUCAAACACGGGAAAUAAAAAUGUCUACUUGGAGGUUUGUGAUAUUUCAUCAAUCAAUGAUGUCAAAUCCUUCGCUUCCAGGUUUUGUUCAAAAGAGGUGCCAGUACAUGUCCUGGUUAAUAAUGCUGGCCUGCUUGAAGCUAAUCGUGUCAUCACACCAGAAGGAUAUGAGCUGAGUUUUGCUACAAAUGUUCUUGGAACUUACACCUUGACUGAGUUGAUGUUACCACUCCUCAAGAAGGCCGCGCCUGAUGCUCGUGUUAUCACAGUUUCCUCUGGUGGAAUGUACACGUCUCCAUUGACUACUGAUUUACAGUUUAGUGGUGACAUGUUUGAUGGGGUGGUACAGUAUGCUCGGAACAAGAGAGUUCAGAUUGCACUGACAGAAAAAUGGGCUGAAAUGUACAAGGAUAAAGGUGUUGGUUUCUACUCCAUGCAUCCAGGGUGGGCCGAGACGCCUGGAGUAGCCAAGAGUUUGCCGGAUUUUUCUAAAUCGUUUGAAGGAAAACUUAGAAGUAGUGAGGAAGGUGCAGAUACAGUUAUCUGGUUGGCUUUACAACCAAAAGAGAAGUUGGUCACUGGAGCAUUUUAUUUUGACAGAGUUGAAGCUCCAAAACAUCUGCCAUUGACAGGCACUAAGAACUCCCAUUCCGUUAUAGACUCCAUAAUUGAGAAACUUAGGUCUUUUGCUGGCUUAUAAUGAGGAUACAUACCUUCCCCUAAAAGAAUCCUUAAUGCUCAAGUUUGUAACCUUCCCCUAAAAGAAUCCUUAAUGCUCAAGUUUGUACAAGAAGAUUAUGAUCAUUUAAAACAUGAAACUAGUUUUGUUAA